CUUAGGAGGAACACUUCAUAAAUGAUUAUGCGGUGGGCGACAGCAGCCCUUAGUUUGGCGGUGAUCGCUUCAUUUAUCGACACUACCAUUGCUAGAAAUCAUAAAAAUCGUCGUACCAAUAAUGGUCAAAAACAAACUGGUGAUAUAUCGCUUUGGAUUGAUCAACAGCAAAUCAAAAUGUUCAGUGGUAUUGAAAUGGAGAUCUAUGUGAUCUCGGAGGGAAUUGUUUUAUCAUACCUUUUGGAUCCAGAACUUGAAAAUAAAUUGCCAAUUAUUCCUAGCGAAGUAUCAUACGUAAAUUUUACAUGGAAAUCUGGCGUGAAAAAAUAUUAUUAUAACUUUUAUCGAUUGAAAUCUUUCGACGAAUCGAUUCUCAAGACACCAUCGAUUACGAUUAAAACUCAAGGACGAGUACCUAAAAGAGCAAAAGAAUUUAGCGUUUUAUUACCUUGUACUGGAAAUAAUUCUGGAAUAGCACAAUUUGGAAUUGGUUUAAUGAUCGAAACGCGGAAAGGUAAACCUUUGGAUGGAACACCACUUCAUCUUAGCUUAAGAAAAGAAUGCAAUUUGCGUGAACCAAAUCCUGGACCUUGUCCGGAUGGUUAUUUGGGCCCGCCGCAUUGUAAAAAAGCACUUUGUUAUCCAAAUUGUAUGAACGGCGGAAACUGUACUGCACCCGGCGUAUGUUCGUGUCCUCCAGGAUUUCAAGGACCUUAUUGCGAAGGAGGUAUUUGUUCGGAAAAAUGUUUGAACGGUGGAAAAUGCGUACAAAAAGAUACUUGCGAGUGUACAAAAGGUUACUUUGGUUUACGUUGUGAGUUCUCGAAAUGCGUUAUUCCUUGUUUGAAUGGAGGUAAAUGUAGAGGAACCAAUGUAUGUCGAUGUCCUAGUGGAUUUACAGGCAAUCAUUGUGAAAUAGGUAGACGUUCACCACAACGAUCAACUUGCACAAAAGCUUGCAGAAAUGGAACUUGUCAACCUGAUAACACUUGUCAUUGCGAUCCUGGAUGGUUUGGAAAAUUAUGUAAUAAAAAUAAGCCAUGGGCUUAAAGAUAUUUUUGUCGACAGUGGUAUUAUUUUCAUAACUAAUUGGAUUGACUAAACUAUUGACGUUUAUUUCAAAAUAUUGAGAGAAAGUAAAAUAUAAAGUUUCAUAUUUUGUUACAUAAAUAUAUAUGAAACAAAUUUGAAAAUAAAGAAAAGAUGAUAAAAUGUGCAAAGAGAUGAUUCAUAAUCCAAUUGGUUAAUACCACAAAAUAUCAAUGCGUUUAGUUUGUAAUUCAUCCCAACUGAGAUGUGAUAUGUAAAAUUGCCUGACAGCAAUUUAAGCUAUUAAUUAUUAUUUUUAAUAAUAUACUUUUAUAUUGUUAUAUUUGUAGCUAUGACUGUAAAAAGGAAUAAAACGAGUUUUAUCGACCUUUUAAAUGUGCACACUCUUUAAAGAUUUUUGGUUUUUUUUUUUUUCUAGAAAUAUCACUCAAUACAAAAAAUCACUCUAUCACUAAACAAAACCAAAUAAUAUGCACUAUUUCAAUAGAAACUUUAAAACAAAACAAAAACGUUAACAAAUUAUCGAAUAUUUCAAUAAAAGCAAGCUUUAAACAAUGAAGUAUUUGUUGAUGUACACACUUUAUAAAUAUGACAUGUCGAUUAGAAUAACCUUAAACUUUCAGAUACUACGCUAAUAGAAAUUCCACAAACUUGCAUUUACGAACACCUUUAUGAAUAAAGAAAUAGAAACGAAUAUGACAGAUAUAAGAAUAAUAUUUAAAAUAAAUGA